GUCAACGUCAACUAAAGUACACUUACAUGGUGCAUCGGCUCUGCUUCGAUUCUGUGAUUACUAAACUAAUGAAGCAAACAGUUACUGGGAUUGGAAUGGCUAGACUGAAGUCUUUUUGGCCAAGAAAUAUUUUACCUGUUCAGCUCUGAGCUGGUUAGGUACACAAGCGCCCCGAAUCUGCACUGCCCGUCAUCUGGGAAACUCGAGGUUAUCUCCCCAGAUCAGGCUCGAGUUCCUUUGUCUCCGGCUUCUCGACAACCACGGUGCUCAGGGAAACCUCUUGUCUUGUCUCCUUACAGGUAGCAUGGCCCAUGUACAGCAUGCUGACCCAGAUGCCACCGUCUGGCAGCCCUACCAAUACUCCCCUCUUCCCGAUGGGAGCAUCCGCCUGCUCGUUUUAGCUCCUUCUGAGGAUCCCGAAGUCCCCAUAUGCUGCCGUCUCGUUGAGUACAGCCUACGAGGGCCGAACGAGAGGCCUGAUCUCUUUGAAGCACUCUCAUAUGUUUGGGGCGGAUCAAACAAACCCUGCUCCAUCUCAGUUGGAUCCGGAUUCAGCCUGGCGAUUACGGCGAGCUUACACGCAGCGCUGCUUCGCCUUCGGGGCCGCACUUUCGAGAGAGUCAUGUGGAUUGAUGCCGUCUGCAUCAACCAGGGAGACUUGAUUGAGAGAGCCGCUCAGGUCCGGUUGAUGGCAGAGGUCUAUUGCCGGGCCUGCCGUGUCAUCAUCUGGCUUGGCGAAGCCGAAGGCGGUGGCAGCGACCAAGCCCUGAGCGUGAUACGAGCGGCGGCUACAAGUGAAGAGAAUACCAGAUGCUUGGACAACAGAACUAGUAGCACGCAGGCGAUUCUCACGCUGCUCCAACGGCCGUGGUUUCAACGCAUAUGGGUUCUCCAGGAAGCCGCGGCGGCCCGGCAGAUUGUGGUCAGGUACGGGGCUGACGAGCUCGAUGGAUACGCCUUCUAUCUUGGGCUGCGAUCCUUACAGCAAACUAGUGGCGACGAUUUGGCGCGACUCUUGAAUCUGGUACGGCCAGCCACCUAUCUCAUGAGCGGCUCCAUAUUCCGGCCGCGGUCAUACAACAUUCGUCCUUCGGGCGAAGCGUCCCUGGACAUAAGGACACUCGGCGAGUUGAUCGACAUGUAUCAUGCUCACCAAGCCACAGACCGCCGGGACAAAGUUUUCGCGCUGCUUGGCAUGAGCUCCGAUGGUACAAGUACCCUUGACGAGGCUGGUCUGUCGCCCGAUUAUACCCUUUCCUGGGGGGAAGUCAUGCGUCGCGUCGUCAAGUAUAUCCUCGGUAAUCAUGUCAAGAUUGACACAUGGGAUGACGAAGAAAUGGCGGUGAUCAGGGGCAAGGGAUACAUUAUCGGCCGUAUUUCUUCUGUGGAAAAUGCCAUUCAUUCCAACGCGGGCCAGACUGUCGACUUCGUGCCGAUACACGGCGUCGCGAGCCGUUAUACUCUCCACGCCCUGGCAAAGCCCCUUCAGCGAGGGGAUCUUGUCUGCCAGCUUCAGGGUGUCUUGAGGCCGGUAGUCAUCCGAUGGUGCAAGGGUUAUUUCUGCGUCAUCAUGAUCGCAGGUCCUUCACUCACGGGAGAUGUAAACAUAGCUGGAAAUGAUAUUGCGCAACUAGGCCUGCAGACUGACUUUUGGCUCCUGUGGGACUGGCGACGGUUUGGAACAGACUGUGGAGCGCCUGAUCAGGAACAAUUUCCUCUACUUACAACGAGCCGGGUGGCUGGGAGACCGCACAGUGCCAUAGCGGACGUGCUGCACAAGAUAUCGAGGAAAUGGGAUACGGGAUUGACGUGGGAGAAUAUCUGGGGGUCCCAGACAGCGACUUCCAUGUUUCAAGAAGCCGUGGAGGAAUACGAACAGGCUUUUGGGCAUGGAGGCCAAUAUGGCCAGCCCGGAGGGGAGGAAUUCAACGAGGGGCAAAAGUGGGCGCACGAGGCCGCAAAGUCGAUCAGAAUGUUGGCGCACGCAAUGGUACAACGGUUAUCCGAUUCCACCGAUCAGAGAGCGCUACCAGGCGACGAGAUAUGCGUUGAGGAGACGAUAACAACGACUGGCGCAGACUUACUGAGCGCCGUGGCGUGGAUGAAGGAGGAGGUUUCCGAGAUCAUGACGCCUGGAAAAACUGCAGAAAAUAUGUUGAAGCAGGCAAUUCACAUGAGGAUGCAAGCAAAGGGGCCGAAUCACCCGGACGUUCUGAAAACAAAGGAAAAGCUCGCAAUGAAAUGCUGGAGUAUUUGGCCAGAAGGCAAAGCGAAAGAAUUACUUGAGGAAAUAAGGGGGGUGAGAACACUUUUACAGGGGAGCGAACAUCCAGAUCUACUCUCAACCAUGGAGAGAACCGCCGAAAUAGGGCCAUACAAAGGGUGGGGGAACUCUUGUGCGCAAUUCAACGAAAUGAUAGAGGCGAGGACGCGGCUACACGGCGCUAGGCGCCCCGACACACUGACCAGCAAAGAGAAACUAGCUUACUGGAAAGUAUAUCAGGCGAUCCAGCAGGGCUGGCACUCGUUCAUCGAGACGGUGGACUUGUUCAAGCAGGCAAUAGAAGAGAGAAUGCGCGUCCAAGGGGCCAGCCACCCUGACGUGGCUAGAAUCGUCGGCCUGUUCGAGCGAAUGGUCAGAUGGAAUCUCCUUCCAAGACUUCACGUCAAAGAACUGAGAGAUAUUGAAGUUUUGGCAGGCUGGAUGACAUACUACGCUAUACUUGCGGGGCAGGAGAAAAUCUCGCAAGCAUCUUUGGCCAUGGUCGCAAGAUACGAGAGUUCCGAUAGGGUGAGGCGACUGCUUGAGUAUGAAGGGAAGGAGUUGCGCAUCACAGAACCUAUUGUUGAAGCAGCGGCGGGGAAUCAAGUCCAUGGCGUGAAGGUUAUGAAACUCCUGCUGGAUAUUCGAGGGGACGAGAUUCCAGUUACGGAGAAUCUCUUGAAAGUCGUGGCGUUGAAUAGUAAUCCGAGUCAUUGCGCAGAGAUUGCAAGGCUCCUGGUUGAGAGAAUGGGGAGCAAGAUUCGGGAGCUGAUUACAGACGAGGUACUAAUGACCGCAACGCGGAAUAAAUGGGUACGAGAUUCCCUCAGCGGCGUAGAGUCACCAUUCGAGGUCUUUCUAAACCUGAAAGGGAAGACGAGGAUCACAACGGACGUGGUUCGGGCGGCGAGAGAGAGCAGACACGAAUGGCGAUUGAUGGAAUAUCUCAAGGGGCAAAGAGGCCGUGGGGUUCUGACUAUGGACGAAUUGGCACACCAGAUGAUUUCACGAUAUCCUCAAGUACCUUACUACAUAUAAUUCAUUGAUGGCGUUGCCUCAGUUCUACUAGUAUAUAGUAGUUGUCGUCCCUUA